AUGCUAUACGNCACCGUUUCAGCAGCUGCCAAUGUCAUCAACACUGCAGUCGGUACAAUUAAUAGUGCUGUUGGUGCUGUUGUUACAACACUGUCCGACGUUGUCAGUGCACUCGGUGAAGUUCUCAAAGCUGUUCUCGACCUUGUUGCUUCAUUGUUGAACGUGGUUCUUAACCUUUUGGGAAACCUCCUCGGCGGUAUCAACAAUGUAUUGACUGGACUCCUCGCUCAAGUAUUGAAACUCUCGAAUUCAGUUACUAGCAGUCUCGAACAAACCAUUCAUCCACAACUCAAACUCAUCGAGCAAUCAGUGGAUCAAAUUUUGGAUUUUAUUGAUCUUAAGCUCAUUCCAGCCGUGAAAUCUUUAACACAAGCAGUUCUCGGUCUUCUUGCCGAAGUUUUAUAUUUGGUCGCCCGAAUUGGCCAAUUGGUUACCGACUUAUUGAACGGUAUUCUCUAUGAACUCUUCGGAGUAUUAGCAAGCGUUGGUAGCACACUCGAGAAGGUCCUAGGUUCAGCUGUCGGCACAAUAUCUGGCGUCCUUUCAGCAGUUACUGGUUGCCCAGGCUGUCUCAAUGGUCCCUUGAGCAAGGGAAAUGGUGGCGGUCUUCUCGGUCUCAAUCUCGGCAAACGUCGACGAAGUGUUAUCAAACCUCUUGCCUUCUAA